AUGGAACAAAAAAAACCUUUAAAAUACGGUCUUAAUAUAGUCAGCUCUAAAAAACCACCCACAAAAAGAAUUUCAAUCUUUACUGAAGAAGACAUUAAGAAUGAGGAAGAUUCUAGCAUUAAUACGAGUUCCAAUAAAAAUAAACAUACAAAAAUUGUUAAUCAGCAGUUAUUAUCUUCGAAUUCAAUAAAUCAAUCAGUUCAAGAAAAGUAUAAAGCAGCUUUAGAAGAAGAUCCUACCGUAUUUGCAUAUGACGAAGUAUAUGAUGUUAUGAAAAGCGUUGAACGAAAAAGAAAGGAAGAGCUUAAAGGAAAAAACGACGGUAGUGUUAAAAAGCCUAAAUAUUUCGACGAUAUAUUAAAAGCUGCGGAAAUUCGACAACGGGAUUAUAUUCGUGCACAAGAACGUAAAAUUCAAAAAGAACGAGAGGCUGAAGGAGAUGAAUUUGACGAUAAAGAAACUUUUGUCACAUCAGCGUGA